AUGUGCAGAAACAUCACGAAGCAAAUCAGCUCGAUAACGCCGUCAAAGCUUUCUCUGAGCUCGCAUUCAAUCUCUCGCACGUACAGCUUUCUUGGUGUCGGCCGGGAUUCACCGGUUCCUGAUAGGUGCAAGUUUACGCCGACGUUUGAGCACAAUUCUCGCUCCAAUGCCUGUUUCCCAGCCGUGGGCUUCCAGAAUAUUAUCGAUACAUACGAGUUUCCGCAAUCGAAAGUCAAUGGCAUGUGCCUUAAUAGCUACGUUAGUGUAGCUGAGGCGGUGGUGGAGGCACCGGAGGCCUCCUCCCAAACAGACGCUGUGGAGGGUAGUAAUGUAAAUUCCCCUCUUUCCGAUGAGGUUCAAGAGCUCCUGAAUGAGGUCAAAAAAGAGGAAAGGAGACACUAUCGUGUUUGGUGGAAAAGUAGGCGAAAUGUGAAAGGUAUUGGGAAAGUAAAGUACAGAGCACUCAGGAGGAGGCAAGUGAAAGUCGAAACCGAGGCCUGGGAACAAGCGGCAAAAGAGUAUAGGGAGCUCCUGAAUGACAUGUGUGAGAAGAAAUUGGCUCCUAAUUUGCCUUAUGUGAAGUCUCUCUUUCUGGGAUGGUUCGAGCCUUUGCGGGAUAAGAUUGCCCAGGAGCAGGAGUUGAUUAGGAAAGGUAAGUGUAAAGCAGCUUAUGCCAAAUACUUUGACCACUUGUCAGCAGAUAUGGUGGCGGUUAUCACAAUGCAUAAGCUGGUGGGCAUGUUGAUGGUUGGUGGGGAGUAUGGUUAUGCGAAAGUUGUGCAUGCCUCAUGCGUGAUAGGUGAUACAAUUGAGCAGGAGGCAAGAAUACGCUAUUUCUUGGAGAAAACAAAGCGGAAAAAGGUUGAAAAAGAUACAGAAAAGGAAAAAGAUGAACCUGAUGUAAAUAUCCCAGAACAAGAGAACGUGCGGAAAAGAGUUACAACUCUGAUGAAGAAGCAAAAGUUGCGUGCAGUGAGGCAAUUGGUAAAUAAAAAAAUGGAGUUUCAUCCAUGGGGCAAAGAUGCUAAAGCAAAGUUGGGAGGCCGUCUCAUAGAUUUGAUUCUACAAACAGCCUAUAUACAACCACCGGCCAAUCAGUCAAAUGACGGUCCACCAGAUAUUCGUCCUGCAUUUACACACACUUUUAGAACUGUAACAAAAGAAAUCGGAAGCUCUUCCAAAAGAUAUGGUGUUAUCCAAUGUGACCCUCUUGUUCGUAAAGGCCUUGAGAAAACUGCCAAGCACAUGGUCAUCCCAUAUAUGCCAAUGCUAGUGCCUCCAGUCAAGUGGACAGGGUAUGACAAAGGUGCAUAUUUAUAUUUGCCAUCGUAUGUAAUGCGCACACGUGGAUCACGACAACAACGUGAAUCAGUUAAGAGGGCCCCUACGGAGCAAUUGAAGCCAGUAUUUGAGGCAUUGGACAUUCUAGGAAGCACCAGAUGGAGAGUGAAUAAAAGGGUACUUAGCGUGAUUGACAGAAUGUGGACUAGUGGAGGUCGUCUUGCAAACUUAGUUGACCGCAAUGACAUACCGUUGCCAGAGGAGCCAGAUACAGAAGAUGAAGCAUUACGUAAGAAGUGGAAAUGGAAAGUUAGAUCUGUCAAGAAAGAAAACAGCGAGAGGCAUUCACAACGUUGUGAUACUGAGCUUAAACUAGCUAUUGCAUGGAAGAUGAAAAACGAGGAAGGCUUUUUUUACCCGCACAACCUUGAUUUCCGUGGCCGUGCAUACCCAAUGCAUCCGCACUUGAACCAUUUGGGCUCUGAUAUUUGCAGGGGAAUACUAGAAUUUUCAGAGGGUCGGCCUCUUGGAAGUUCAGGCCUCCGCUGGCUAAAGAUACAUGUGGCAAAUUUAUUUGCCAAUGGCGUGGACAAAUUAUCCCAUGAAGGUCGCAUUGGUUUUACUGAGAAUCAUUUGGAUGAUGUAUUUGAUUCUGCAGAUAGACCACUUGAAGGAAAUAGAUGGUGGUUGAAUGCAGAAGACCCCUUUCAGUGUUUGGCAGCAUGCAUCAGUCUUGCUGAAGCUAUGAGAUCUCCUUCACCGGAGACAACAAUUUCACAUAUUCCUGUACACCAGGAUGGUUCCUGCAAUGGUUUACAACAUUAUGCUGCCCUUGGUAGAGAUAAGCUGGGAGCAGCUGCGGUUAAUUUGGUUUCCGGGGAAAAGCCGGCUGAUGUUUACUCAGGAAUAGCUGCCAGGGUUCUUGAUAUCAUGAAGAAAGAUGCCCAAAAGGAUCCUGCAAUAUUUUCUGAUGCAUUGCAUGCAAGAUUAUUAAUCAACCAGGUGGACCGGCAGCUGGUGAAGCAGACUGUCAUGACAUCAGUGUAUGGUGUGACGUUCAUUGGUGCUCGAGAUCAGAUAAUGAGAAGGAUAAAAGAACGUGACUGCAUUGUGGAUGAUGCAGAGGUCUUUGGCGCAGCUUGUUAUGCAGCUAAAGUUACACUGGCUGCCCUAGAGCAGAUGUUUGAAGCUGCUCGGGGCAUGAUGGGCUGGCUUGGAGAUUGUGCAAAGAUAAUUGCAAUGGAAAACGAACCUGUUCGUUGGACAACUCCACUUGGGCUCCCUGUUGUUCAGCCUUACCGUAAAGUGGGAAAGCAUCUUAUUAAAACUUCUCUUCAGGUUUUGACUCUGCAGCGUGAUUUGGAUAAGGUAAUUGUUAGGAGGCAGAGAACAGCCUUUCCGCCAAACUUUGUCCAUUCCCUUGAUGGCUCACACAUGAUGUUGACUGCAAUUGCCUGCAAGAAGGCAGGCUUGAAUUUUGCAGGUGUUCAUGAUUCAUAUUGGACCCACGCAUGUGAUGUCGAUGAAAUGAACAGGAUACUAAGAGAAAAAUUUGUCGAAUUAUAUGAAAAGCCAAUUCUAGAGAAUUUGUUGGAGGGCUUUCAGAGGUCCUUUCCUACAUUGUCUUUCCCUCCUUUGCCCGACCGAGGGGACUUCGACCUUAGAGAUGUGUUGCAGUCUCCUUAUUUCUUCAACUAA